AUAGUAAUCCAGACUCUUGACACCUUAAAACAAUUGUUAACACUUCCUCACAUAAUACAAGUUAAUUAACAAAACAAUACACACAAAAACCACACAUAAAACCAUAAAUAAACUAAUUACACAAGAAACCAAUUAUACACAAUGACUGACGCAACCCGGCGAAAGAUAAAAAUCCGUAAACACAAUAGCAUGCAUUGGUUGGAAGAACUGGAAGCAGCAUAUCCAUUGCCAGACGCACCUCCGGAUCAAUGUCGCGAUGCAUUUCUCCAGGACCUACUAAAGCAAUAUGUGGACUCCACGGAGAGUGAAACACUCGAAAAUACUGAUGAAGUUUCUAGCGAAGUCUCUGCAAAAAUACAAUUCGGAGAGAUAACCGAACUUACAGCCAGCUUUAAUGCCGAAGAGAAGCUACUGAAUCAAAUGAUAAAGACGGGCGAUAAAAGAUCUUCGAUGAUAUCGGCCAAGAGAUCGGACACCCGAUUAGUUGGGGCGGAUAUAAAUAAGCUCUUGAAGGAGCGAUAUGGUAAUAUAGCCUCUGCGCUGAGCUUUAUGGCCGUGCUCUACCAGUUGCAGAAGCUCAAGGAUCGAGUGUUUAUCGUACGCGAAUUGUGGAGAAUGAGUAAAACCACAAAUAAAUCCCUACGCUUGUUCAGUUGGUCCAUCAAAGACUAUUUUGCACGUUUCAAUUUGCCAAAUCCGAGCUAUUGUGAUGCGGUAGAACGGGAGCUUGAUACUCAAAUGGAAUGCUUCAAGUUUCGCAUGGAUCUAAGGGAAAUUAAUCGCCUGCUCGAUGCUGUAGCGGAUGAUCUUCGAAGCAAACGGGAUCUCUGCGAUAGCUCCAUGUUGGUCAUACGGGAUGCUGAGACGGACAUUGAAGAGAUGUUAACAAAGUCCCAGAAAGAGGCGGCAGAUGAACACUAUAAAGUUGCGAUGACAGCGGUUCAUACACCACGAUCAGCGGAUCCUUUUGGAUUAAAAACAAGAGCUGUUUAUGCAAGAAUCAAUUAUGUAGAUUUUAUUACUCCAAUUGAGGCACGCUAUCGCAUUAAGUGGGCCCAAACAACUAUGGAACAGUCCAUCUUAUAUGAUAAUCUCAGUGUUAAGGAAAUGAGCGAUGAGAUAAAUCGAUUGCAACAACAAAUUGAAGAAAUCGGUAAUCUUUGGGAUAUCAGUAGUAUAGCCUACGAUAUGCAGAUAACGUAUUUUAAAAGUAGCAUAAUUAACAAAGAAAUGGCAUACGAAGCGACCUUGGAACAAUGGCAAGGCCAAAUACAAAUGACACGCAAUAAAUUGGCCAAAGCCAAGGAUGACCUCAAGUAUUACAGGGAACAAAUACCGAUGUUUCAUAAAAAAAUUGCCGAGGUCCAGGCAAUUAUUUUCCAAAAAAAGCAAUUGGAACGAGAAGCUUCUUUGCGGGAUUCGAGGAAGUCAAGUCGUCACUCAAAUAAAAAGAAACCUCGUCAGAAAAAGAAUUAGAAAUUUGGUAGACAUGUUUUGCAUAACGUUUAGCUACAAUAAAAUUUAUUAAUACCAGAAACUAAA